AUGGGAUUUUGGCAUUGUGACUCUGCCAUGAUCAGACUAGCAUUUGCGCUCAUUAUAUGUGUAACCAUUUUGUCAGGAUUUGGAGCCAAUGCUUUGAAAUAUGAUUACACAGCCAGUGUUGAGUGCUUGCCUUUCCCUCAUAAGCCUCAGUAUAAUGGAGGGAUCAUCAAGAACCCAGAGCUGAAUCAUGGGUUAAGAGCAUGGUCCACCUUUGGGAAUGCAAAAGUGGACCACAGAGUGUCUAAUGGAAAUAAUUUCAUCGUGGCUCGUAGCAGGAAUCACUCGCAUGACAGUGUCUCCCAGAAGAUUCAUUUGUACAAGGACAAACUCUACACUUUUUCCGCGUGGGUGCAGGUGAGCGAGGGGAAGAUCCCAGUACGUGCUGUUUUUAAGACGAUUAGCGGGUUCAAACAUGCUGGUGCCAUUAUAGCUGAACCGAACUGCUGGUCCAUGAUCAAGGGUGGACUCACUGUUGAUGAAUCGGGGCCAGCUGAGCUUUACUUCGAGAGCGAAAACACCUCAGUCGAGAUAUGGGUUGAUAGCGUCUCGCUACAACCGUUCACAACAGAAGAGUGGAGAUCGCAUCAGGAGCAAAGCAUUGAGGAGAAACAUAAAAGAAAGGUCAGAAUCCAUGUAAUGGACAAGCAAGACAAGCCUCUGGCUAAUGCCACCUUCUCUAUUGUGCAAAAGAAGCUGAGCUUCCCAUUUGGUAGCGCCAUAAACAAGAACAUCCUGACAAACACUGCAUACCAAAAUUGGUUCACUUCCAGAUUCACUGUCACGACCUUCGAGAACGAAAUGAAGUGGUAUGCCAAUGAGCUGACCCAAGGCCACGUGGACUACUCGGCAGCAGAUGCACUGCUCAAAUUCGCGCAGCAGCAUGGUAUCUCAGUCCGUGGCCACAACGUGCUGUGGGAUGACCCUAGGAACCAGCCUUCAUGGGUCAAUUCCCUCUCGGCGAGCCAGCUCUCCGCAGCCGUCACAAGAAGGAUUAACUCUGUCAUGAAGAGGUACAAGGGCCAGGUCAUUGGAUGGGAUGUGGUCAAUGAGAACCUGCACUUCUCCUUCUUCGAGAGCAAGCUCGGGCCACAAGCGUCUGCUAACGCUUAUAAAACGGCCAACUUCAUCGAUCCCUCGAGGACUAUGUUUUUGAAUGAUUAUAACACGAUAGAGGAUAGCAGGGAUGGGGCAUCUUCACCUUCCGCAUACGCCAACAAGAUAGGAAACAUUCAAUCUUCGGGCGGCAGGAAUUUGGGCGUCGGACUUGAGUCUCAUUUCAGUGUGCCCAACCUCCCUUACAUGAGAUCCGCCAUUGACACCCUUGGAGCGAAGGGACUGCCAAUGUGGUUGACCGAACUCGACGUGCAAAGUGGACAAAAUCAGGCAAUGUACUUGGAGCAGGUGUUGAGGGAGGCACACGCUCAUCCAAAGAUCAACGGAAUAGUAUUGUGGACCGCUUGGAAUCCGCAGGGGUGUUACCGGAUGUGUCUGACGGACAACAGCUUCCGCAACUUGCCAACCGGGGACGUGGUCGACAAGCUGUUGAAGGAAUGGGGCGGGGCCAGGCAGGUCUUGUCCGGCACGACUGGUCCGGAUGGUGCCUUCGAGGCCUCGCUCUUUCAUGGCGAUUACCAAGUGACAGUCACUCGGCCAGGGGCAAACAAUUCAUAUGUUGUUCAAGGCUUUGAGGUGGCUCCAACAGAGACUUCUCAGCAGAAAUUAAUUCUUCGAGUGUCUGAUUAGAUGCUUCUUUGGUUGGCGUAAUCUGAUUAAUUCCGGCAGUGAAAAUUUGAUUGAGAAAUUUUAGAGAUCAAAGCCGACGUUGAAAUUAUUUUUCGGCUUAAUGAAAUCGAUGAAAUAUCUAAAUAAAUGGUGUAUAAAAGUUGGAACGGAUAGGAAACUGACCAACUAAUAUGGGGAAUAUUUUCUGUCACUCUGCAAAAACUUGCACAACAUUGUAAAUCCUCCAUUGUUAAAGCUAAAUAUACAAAAUUUGACUCACAGAACUAAGUUUCGAAGUGAAACACGAUUGACCCUUUUGUCAAACAACCCCCUCAUUUCAAAUUUCUCGAUCGGCUGAUCAAUCUUGUAAAUCCAUCUUUGUAUCCACAACAUCGCUCGUUCUUAUCGGCCGAAAGAAAUCGCCUUUCUUUACUUGAAACUUUCAAAGACAUGCGCUCCGAAAAGAUACUGUGAUGUUUUUCG